CCAAACAAACAGUAGUGGAUUGCAGUACUUGUGAAGUCUUUCUCUCCUCUCCGCUUCUCUCUCUGACUUCACAGCCUGCCGCUUUAUUUUACAGUUGCUUAGCAACAGACUGGCAUGUGUGAGCGUUGAGUGUGUGUAGCAGAACAAGAGGAGAAAUGUGGGAGAGAAGAAGUCCCAAACACACUCUUCUCUCUCAGCCAGGUGUUGUUACACUACACUUACACAAUGCACAAGAACCUACAUCACCUUCACAACAGAAGGAUCAGAUCCAUGACUACGGUUGCCAGAAAACACAGGAAGUAGCAGGUAGGAAACAAAGCAAACAUGUCUGACAAGCUUUAAAUGAAACAAGACGUUCAGGGUUUUUUGUGCACUCUUUAGUAUUUCAAUGUUUGGACAAGCUGUUAAGUCUAAAAACUCCUUCCAGAAACUUCUCACCACUCUGAAGCCGAGAUUGGCUCAGGACAAAAAUACCAGCUUUGACACCAGAUGGAGAAGAAAUUGAUGUGUGGAGAGUGUAAGAUGGCGUUUCGAUCAGCUGAGCUGCUGGCGAAACACAAAGCCAAGUUCUGCGUUGGGAGCGAGGUUCACCACCUCCGGGUGCACACGCACAGCUCUCCAGUUGUUCUGAGGAACAACGGUGGAGCCAUCGAACCAAGACAAACAAGAACAGCUGACCUUGUGCAGACAGGAGGUCAGCAGAGGACGACCACAGGGGGGAGGAGCACUGAGGCUGAGCCAGAGUCAAGUAGAGGCCGAAACACAGCCGAUGGAGUCGCUCUGCUCACAGACCAGUUUCAGAAGUUGAGAGUGUCCAUAGAGGAAACCUUGAUCCACACGUCAAAGCGGGCCUCAGACGCUGGGGUGAGUGGGCAGCAGCUGGGUCACAGCGAGAGACUGGAGCGGAUGAGGGACAUGGCAACGCUCCACGAGCGCCAACUGGCCAUGAUACGUGUUCAGCACAAGCAGCUGGAGCAGCAGCGGGACGAGCUGUCCCAUCAGGCGGGCGUCCGGUCCGAACAGAGCGUCACAAGUCAUCUGGAGGCUCUGCUGAUGGAGCUCAGGGAGCAGGAGGAGAGGAAUGAGGAAACCCUGCAGCAUCUGCGCGAGCACCUCCACGCGUUACCGUCGCAACAGGAUGCAGUUUGUGCUGACCAGACACAGCCACAGAGUAUGAAAAGGCCGCACGAGACAAACGAGCUCAUGUCAUCUGCUGACGGGCCUCUGUCUGCACAGAUAAGAGCUCUGCGACGUGCAUACAUGCAGUCAGGUGCCACAGACCCAGAUAUAGUAGCACAGAUGAUUGACCUGCAGGCAGAGGCCCAAAGUCUGGAGAGACACCAACCAGCAGCUGCUGUGGCCAAGAAAAAGAAGGUGAAAUCUUCUCAGCGGGGUGCGAGCUGGGAGCUGCUUGUUGUGGAGCAGGAGAACCAGAGACUGGAGGAGGAGAUCCUCAGAAUCCAGAUAGCCAGGGAGCAGCGCCGUCGCUUUGGAGGUUGGAGAGACAGGUCAGGUGUUAGUCACUGUGGUUCCCCAGCAGCAGCAGCCAGGACUGAGCUGAUGCACAGACACAAACGUCAGCCAGUUUUCAGCCUCCAAGCAGAGACCGGGGGAAGCAGAGCGGCGCGCAGGCUCUCAGGGCUGCAUCCUUCACCUCCCCAUCCAGGGCCACUCCACUCUGAGCCUCACACUCGAGCACAUCUCUCACCGCUCCAAACGAGGACCUUGUCCACCGUUGGACGGCGCAUGACGGACAACCUGGAGUCUUUGGAUCCGGCUCCCUAUGACCCUGUAGCUGGUUUGGUGGUUUUCUUUGACCUGGUGAUGGGAGUUGAUUCGACUCAGAAGCUGCUGCGUCUGGUGGCGGCCUUCUACUCGGACGGUCAUCAAGUGGGAACGCUAAGUCCGACACACCCUGUGCGGUGCCAACCCCACCACCCUGGAAACUAUGCUGUUCUGUCGGUCAAGCAACCUGUAUCCAGGAUCCAGCCAUCGCCCUCCCUCUGUCUGGUGGUUGAGGUGCAGGCAGCAGACGAGCUGGACGCUUAUGAUGAGGAGGACUUGGUGGCCUGCGGCUGGACACAGCUGGAACUGUUUGAUCAGCACAACCAGCUGCGUAGCGGCUCCUGGAGGCUGCCAGUGCGCAGUCCACCUAUUAGACCUUCAGUAAGCCCCCUCCAGCUCAACUCAAUACCGCAGGUGGGCAACAUGGAGCUUUGUGUUUGCUUGGUCAAUGGUCAAGACCAUGACGCACAGAGUUUGCCGUUUGCCUGACCCAACUAUCAGGAGCCACUACGAAUAUCCAGAUGUGGAAUGUUAGAAUACUAAAAAGACAAACAUUGUUAACUUACUACACUGCUCUAAUAGGGUAGAAGAGCAGCUAUAGUCAACAGGCACUGAUCAAAGUUCAAUUAUGUUCAAG